AUGCCGUCGCUGUUUGCUCGGAGGCGGCGUUUGUCCGACGCGAGUGGCCGCAGCAGCACCCGCAGCAGCCGCAAUGGCCGGCCACCGGUCACCGCGGUCGACGUUGACCUUGAACCGCUCCCGCGAAUGCCAGCAAAGUUCCGCCAGCUUCUCGAGUCGCAUGGCAACACCACACCCCCGCCCAAGAGCGAGCCCACCAACACCACCAAGACAAAAAAGGACCGGCGUAUGAGCAUCUUUGCCUGGCGCUCGACGGUCGACCUCCGAAAACAGGCCGAUGUCCAGGCCCAGGCGGACACCGACCGCGAGUCCAUUCCUGCAACGACCCGUCCCCUAAAGAUUCCUCAUGAGAUGCCCUCCCUGGGACUCAAGGAACCCUCCUCUCCACCAGACAGUGCUGUCAUCACCCCGCCUACUGACGAUGUGCCCCUCCCCGACGACGACCACUCGCUCCCAGUAUUGGGGGGCGGCCAUGUCCGAGGACAAACCGAGGUCCCUACUUCCACCAUCCCCACAUCCCCAUCACCCCACACCCUGCCGCCGGCACCACAGUCCUUCCAGCCACAAGAAGAACGUCAUGAACAGUCGACUGCAGCGGACGAUUCGGCAAGUGUGGAGCUGGCAGAGAACGUGCCCACGUUCUCUAGCAGGUUCCGUUCAGAUACUGUGUCUUCCCGGCCUGCCCUCAGUAUCGACACUGCUCUCAGCCGCGACGUUGACGUAUUCGCUUGUGCCACUGGCUCGACGCACUAUGGUACACCAGAGGCCAUGACGCCCGUCGGUGUGGCCUCGUCGACGUCAGCACACGAGGGCGCAUUCUUGACUCCACUUCAGCAUACACCGAUGUGUACAACUGGGGAGGGUUUCAGCGUGAUGAGUACGGCCGUCGAGCGCUCACGGAGCAUGGACUUGGGCCGUCCCUCCACGGCCAAGCCCAGGCGUACGUCCACGUCGGGCAUAUCACGCGCCGCCGUCACGCCGAACAUGAGCCCAUUCGCCUCCCCUCGCAAGCUCUCGAUGGUCUUGACGUCCCCGCCCAUGCCACAGCCCAUUGCCCACUUGCCUACACUCCAGCCAUCGACACCUGGCAGUGCUGGGACGGCCGUGUGGGGCGCCCUCGCGCUGGAGGGAGGACCGAGAUCACCUGCUCUCUCCCGUACGACGUCGCACGAAACCGGUGUAACCACUGCGUUCCCAUUCUUUGGCCAUGCUCCACUGUCGCAGACGACAAGCCGCCAGUUGACCGAUUCCGAGAUUGCAAAGGCGACCAAGGCGAUGCCUGUCAUGUUCCGUGUGGCGAGCCGUACCGAGCAACUGGACGAAGGGGGCGAGGCAGAGGAGCUGAACGAUUCGGAGGAAGGCGGUUCGUCGGCAGCGUCGACGCCAAUGGACACUGCCUCUAUGGCUACAUUGCGCAACAAGGGCAAGGGCGUCGCUCACAUGGACCCACUGGUGGAAGAAUCGCCUACGCGUGCCGGCAGUCGCGUCUCUACGCCAAAAGCCCCGAUGUUUGGCGAGGCCGGUAUUUUGGGACUCGAUGUUCCACCUGCCAAGUGGCAAGGACUUUCAGACUCGGCAAUUCCUGAUGCUGGCCCCAGCUCCAUGGGGGACUGUUACUUUGGCCACAUCCCUGCAUCAUCGUCCAGCAACGCGCCGUCCUCUGUCCCAGAGUCCACUACUCCCGGUGUGGACAUGGACGACUCGGACAGUGUCGCAGAGAGUAACGAGACCGAGGGCGACAGUAGUAUCAACACUGGCGAGGGUGAGAAUGACGAGGGUGAGAGUUGUUCUGCUCCACACACGACCUUGGCCACCCCCGCGACGCCCACUGCGUCCGGCGACCACCACCCCAGCCGCCCGCCGUUGUACAGCCACAUUUCACACUCGACGAGCGACCUCCCCUCGCCGAAUAUCCACAUACAGAAGCCACUCCUCGACACAGUCCCGGAGACGGCCUUGUCGCCGGUCCAACAACAAUCAAAGGACUCGACGCUCAAGCGCAGGUUAUCUGCAGGCGAUGCCGACCCACCCCCACCCCUGUACGAGCCCAUCAAGGACUAUGUGCACGACGGACCCAAGCCCAAGCCUCGUGAGGAGGAGGGCCGCGAGGGACUCCCACCGUACUGGUGCGGCGUUCACAUCGAGGGCACCCUCUCGCGCAAGAUGGAGUUUACCCAGCCGGGCGUCCAGGCAAAGGACCGUGGAUGGAAAAAGUACUACCUCGUCUUGCACGGUACUGCGCUGUUCGUCUACAAGUUUGACCCGUACAAGGUGCCCCUCCGCGCCGGCGAGCCAUACAUCACUUGCUCGGACCAGGAGGCCGAGAACUUCUUGCACGUCCACCCGGCGCCGGACCGCCGGUCGUCCACCCCAGUCCUCCCGGCCGGUUCCCUCGCUCGCCCCAGCGUCACUCCGCGCUCUAGUCUCGGCGCCGCUGCGACGGCUACUCGUCCCGAGAAGCAGAUGCGCCGCAACACCAUCAGCCUCGAAGGUCUGCGCGGCACUCCCCUCGGCCAGACCUUCCAGUCUCGCCGUGGCACCGUGGGCUCGCAUACGCCCACUCGCCGCGAAGGCACACCGCCCGUCCCACCCAUUCCCGAGGGCCCAGACUUCAAGGACCCAGAGCUGUUCAACAACGCGUCGCCGCGCAAAAUGUCGACGUCCAACAUGUCCGUCGCGUCCAGCACGGCGUCGGCCCCCAUCGCGAGCCACAUGCCAUUUGCCCACAACAUGCUUGUGCACAAGUACACGCUGCAAAACGCCGAGUCGGGCCUCGCGGCAGACUACAAGAAACGCCUGCACUGCGUGCGUAUCCGCGCCGAGGGCCAGCAGUUUAUGCUGCAAACCGACACGGCGCGCCAGUGCGUGCAGUGGAUCGAGGCGUUCCAGGCCGCCACCAACGUCGCCACGGACCUGGACGUGCGUCCCAUGCCCGUGCAGCAGACGCUGCCCCGUCGCCGUCGCCGUCGAGCGGCCGCCGCCGCGCGCCCUGUCGACCCCUCAGCCGCACCCACGAGCGACAACGCCAACCCGGCGUUCGAGGACACGCCCGAGGGCAACCUCGCGGCGGUGGAGGCCGCCGAGCGGUCCCAGGCCGAGGCGGAUCACGAGCGCGACCGCAUGCUCGCCGAGGAUCAGGAUGCCGAGACGCGCGACGCGAAUAACAGAGUGUAUUAA